CUAAAACCCCUCUCUCGUGCACUCUAUUUAGCGCGCUUCAUUUCUCAUCCUUCUCUCACUCACACACACAGAACGUUAGCCAUGUCUGGAAGCGGUGUCGUAACCGUCUACGGAAACGGCGCUAUCGCCGAGACGGCGGCCAAGCAAUCCCCCUUCUCCGUUAAGGUGGGCCUUGCCCAGAUGCUCCGCGGCGGCGUUAUCAUGGACGUCGUCACCGCCGAGCAGGCGCGCAUCGCGGAGGAAGCGGGUGCUUGCGCCGUCAUGGCGCUUGAACGCGUUCCUGCCGACAUCCGCGCGCAGGGCGGCGUGGCCCGCAUGUCUGACCCUCAGUUGAUUAAGGAAAUCAAGCAGGCUGUUACGAUUCCGGUGAUGGCGAAGGCGCGGAUUGGGCACUUCGUGGAGGCGCAGAUUCUGGAGGCGCUAGGGAUUGAUUAUGUGGAUGAGUCGGAGGUUUUAACCCUAGCUGAUGAAGAGAAUCACAUCAAUAAGCACAAUUUCCGUAUCCCCUUCGUGUGCGGGUGCCGCAACCUGGGCGAGGCCCUCCGCCGCAUCCGCGAGGGCGCCGCCAUGAUCCGCACUAAGGGCGAGGCCGGCACCGGCAACGUCAUCGAGGCCGUCCGCCACGUCCGCUCCGUCAUGGGCGACAUCCGCGUCCUCCGCAACAUGGACGACGACGAGGUCUUCACAUUCGCCAAGAAGAUUCAGGCCCCCUAUGACCUCGUCAUGCAGACCAAGCAGCUGGGAAGGCUCCCCGUCGUCCAAUUCGCCGCCGGCGGGGUCGCCACUCCCGCUGACGCCGCCCUAAUGAUGCAACUCGGCUGCGACGGCGUGUUCGUCGGCUCCGGGAUCUUCAAGAGCGGCGACCCUGCCAGGAGGGCCCGCGCAAUCGUCCAGGCCGUCACUCACUACAGCGACCCAGAAGUUCUGGCUGAAGUUAGCUGCGGCCUCGGCGAGGCUAUGGUAGGGAUCAAUCUCAAUGAUGCUAAGGUUGAGAGGUACGCAAACCGUUCCGAAUAGGAACGGUCUGCAAAUGGCUCGCUCUACAAUAAUAUGAAUCAAUUUAGUUUCUGAAUAUUUUGAUUGAGGUUUCUUGAAAGGAACCUCUGCUUGUGCUUGGCUUAGUAGAUGUCACUCAGUUUAUUGUCAAAUCUGUUGGUCUAUAUACAUUUUAGUACUGGGAAUAUGUUGUAAUGGUGACUUUUGGUUUCCAUUAAAUGAUGUUCUUUGUCUA